UAGUUUUUAUUUCAGCAAAGGUAUUUUGCGGACGUGUUUCAUUUAUUCCGUAGCUUUUCGUUAUUUUCUAGUCAUUAUUAUUGAACAAUCCUUAAGUAAAGAAGUACGAAAAUGGACCCAAUAAUGGAUGUAAUAAAAAAUUCGGAGGAGCCAGAAUGGCUCGAAAAACGAAUUAUUGGGGAACUGCGACUAUGGCAAAUCAUGUUUUUAUGUUUAGCCGGAGUCACGUCGCUUAUUGUUAUAGUUUGUUGUUGCUUUCGUUUCCGUAUACCUCGGACAAAGCAGCAGAUAGAGGCGGACUACAAGCGUCGUAAAAUAACUUCAAAGUUUCGACAACAGCUCGAAACCAUUCAAGAUUCGAAAAUGGAUACAAUUUCAUUAAAAGACGCCUUGGAACUCCUGCACGAGAAGACUCACACGAUGGAGGGAGAAAACCAAACCGGAUCGCAGCAGAGCUCAAUCAUGUCACCACAGCAAAGUUCUUUAGAGGCAUCAUUCCAAGCGGAAAAUGGUCAAAAGCAUGAUCCGCAACCUUCGGGUCUAAAUUUUGUUAAAUUUGCGACCAAAGUCGCGAACUUGUCAAAGCUGGGAACAAAGUCACCUACAUCGCCCACUUCAGCCGAUAAUAAAAUGGAUUUCUAGAACAUGGCAAUCACUGAAUCGAUGUUUAUAUACAGAUUAUAAAUAAAUAAAAAUGUGAUGUAUGUAGAUGACACAAAACAGUUUAUCCAAUGCGCUUUAUUUAGUUGUACUUUCUGUGUCGUAAAAUUAUUGAGACAUUUUCAUAAAAAAAUCUAAGAUUAUAAUGAUAUUUAUAUAUUUUAAUUGAUAUUUUUUAAGUUGUUUGAAUCAUUUUUUUUUACCCAGUGAAGGCUUACAUGUUUAAACUUUUGUCACCCUUAAUGUUGUGUUAUAAUUUAUACGAUAACUAUUAAAAGACAAAUAAACGUUUCUUGCAGUAA